AUGGAAACAAAAUUGUGGCGACUGAUGACAGCAAUAUGCGUCGGCCUGGAGCUGGAGCUCGGGAACAAUGGCCUUGCUACAAUACAAGCGCUUGCAAUGAGCCGCGCCGCCACGCCCGCCGCUUUCCGCGAACAACUUGACGGCUUCGAUAAACGUGUACCAUAUUUAAAUAUUUAUGAAUGCGACCCAUUCGCAUGGAGAAGAAGAAUUGAGGAACGUAUCGCAAAGGCUAGAGCUCUCAUCGGCAGACUGAUAUGCUUCAGAUCAGGCAACAACAGGCCAAGAAUUGUGCGCACCGUCAGGAUGGCGUUUGCUGGGACAAAUGUCAGUUUGUCCCAGCCGGAUAUAACGCAAAAACUGACGGAGUCUGAAGCAGAGAAUCGCUGCUUGAGAAAGCAGAUUCGGCGAUAUACCGAGAGGUCGACACGGUUCAACCAGAAUCGUCUCUUCCAGAGUGAUCAGAAGAGGCUCUAUGAAUCAUUGGAGCGACCAAUGGUAAGUGGAACGGGUCCAGCACCGAAUCAGGCUGACACUGUAGCAUUCUGGCGCGGCCUGUGGUCAGAGCCCGUAAACCACAGCGAGGGCCCUUGGACGGAAGUUGUGGCGAGUCAGUGUGCGGGUAUUACGCCCAUGGACCCCGUCAUCAUAACGCCGGAUGACGUAGCUGAGGCGGUCCGUAGCGCCCCGAACUGGAAAAGUCCGGGGCUUGACGGGCUGCAUCACUACUGGCUGAAGGGGUUCAUGGUGUGUCACUCUGUGCUCGCCCGACAGUUUCAAGAGGCUCUCAACCAGAAGUCGCUACCAAGCCUCUUCACUACUGGGAUCAUUCAUUUGGUUCCUAAAGACCAGGGGCAAAAAGGGGAAGAAACUGGAUGUUUGGCGUAUCGGGCUAGGAUGCAUCGUCUUUUUGCUGAGCUGGAGCCAUCUUUAACCGUCACAGAGCAAAACCUGGCAGACCGAGUUCGGUAUAUCUUGCGCUCAAAUAUAUUUGAUGUCGCCGAACUCGAACGGCUACGACGUGAGGCUGUUCCCUCGUCGGAUGAGAAUGCUACGGCUGAGGAUGCGGCGCCACAAAUGGUAGAGCAACCCGCAAACGUGGAUGCCGCCGUGAAUACCCCAGUUGUGGUUGAUUCAAACGAUGAUGGAACAGUCGCCCAGGAACUGGAAUUAGAGCAUAUGAGGAGUACAUUGGAAGAGGCGAUUGUGGAAACGCGCAGUACGCCUCUCGAAAAUCGACCGCGACUUCCCCGCAUAGCCCUAAGCAAGCGGAAUCGGGCUGUCGUGAGGGCUCUGAACCCAAUGCUGGUGACCUAUUUGGAAGCCAGCCGGGACCUUUGCGAGACGGACUCAAUUCUUUUUGGCGCCGCGCUGGCAACCUGCCGUAUCAUAGGCGCCAAAGUUUCCACGGCUAGACGCGCUACUGGCCAUAGUAGCGCUAUCCCAGCAUGGAGAAGAAGAAUUGAGGAACGUAUCGCAAAGGCUAGAGCUCUCAUCGGCAGACUGAUAUGCUUCAGAUCAGGCAACAACAGGCCAAGAAUUGUGCGCACCGUCAGGAUGGCGUUUGCUGGGACAAAUGUCAGUUUGUCCCAGCCGGAUAUAACGCAAAAACUGACGGAGCGCAUAGAUGAUCUGAAGCAGAGAAUCGCUGCUUGGGGAAAGCGGAUUCGGCGAUAUACCGAGAGGUCGACACGGUUCAACCAGAAUCGUCUCUUUCAGAGUGAUCAGAAGAGGCUCUAUGAAUCAUUAGAGCGACCAAUGGUAAGUGGAACGGGUCCAGCACCGAAUCAGGCCGACACUGUAGCAUUCUGGCGCGGCCUGUGGUCAGAGCCCGUAAACCACAGCGAGGGCCCUUGGACGGAAGUUGUGGCGAGUCAGUGUGCGGGUAUUACGCCCAUGGACCCCGUCAUCAUAACGCCGGAUGACGUAGCUGAGGCGGUCCGUAGGGCCCCGAACUGGAAAAGUCCGGGGCUUGACGGGCUGCAUCACUACUGGCUGAAGGGGUUCAUGGUGUGUCACUCUGUGCUCGCCCGACAGUUUCAAGAGGCUCUCAACCAGAAGUCGCUCCCAAGCCUCUUCACUACUGGGAUCACUCAUUUGGUUCCUAAAGACCAGGGUACCACAGACCCGAGCAAAUACCGCCCCAUCACGUGUCUACCGACCAUAUACAAGACACUAUUAUUUUUACAUCCAUUUUGA